AGCAACCGCCUGGCCCGGGACAGCAGCCUGCAGGAGAACGAACUGGAGCAGCUUCGGAGCAUCUGCCACCGAGAUCCCCUGUCGGAGAUCACCGAGCAGGAGAAAGACUUCCUCUGGAGGCACCGCCAUUACUGCGUCAACAUCCCAGAGACGCUGCCCAAGCUGCUGCUGUCCGUCAAGUGGAAUUCGCGGGACGAGGUGGCUCAGAUGUACUGCCUGCUGCGGGAGUGGCCCCUCAUCGCGCCGGAGCUGUCCAUGGAGCUGCUGGACUGCAACUUCCCUGACCCCCGCGUGCGGGACUUCGCCCUCAAGUGCCUGGCACAGGGGCUGACGGACGACAAGCUGAGCCAAUACCUCAUCCAGCUGGUGCAGGUCCCGCCGCGCCGCCCCGGCAACGCCCGCCCGGCCCGGCAAC